AUGAAGAUCACUUGGCCCUGUUUCACGCUUCCUUUUGUACUUUUUUCCGCUCUUCAUGGUGCAAACGCUGCUCCUACUGAUCCAAAUGACUUACUUGCUAUGGGAUUACCUCAACUGCUAGGGGAUGCCGCGAAUCCAGAAUGCACAUUGGAAGAUUUACGAUUAAUGACGGCCUACAUGGGCACUGAUUUUGCUGACGCUGCUGGAGCUUGCAUGCUUGGGGGAACACCAGGCCGGGGAUCCUGCCCUCCAGGAGGAUUAGCACAACUUGUCGAACAAUAUCCAAAUCGUUUCGCAAUGAUUAAGGCCAUGGCUGGCAAUUGUGGUAAAUCCAAUCCAUCUGGCUCGUCGCCGUCAAUGCCUGGCACACCACCCACCAGAUAG